AUGGAAUUUUCAAUGGAGGAGGGAGUUGUUCCAAUGGGAGUGGAACUUGUCAAUCAGCUUCAUGAGAGGUUAAGGCCAGUGAGGUUGUCAUCAGGUAGGGAGGAUAAUGUGGUGUGGAAGUUUGAAAAUAAAGGUAUUUUCUCUACUAGUUCUGUGAUACAUGCUAUACAAGCGGAGACACUGUCAACUGAGAUAACGAGUUAUAGCUUCACGAGUUCCAUUUGGAAAGGUUUCGUACCUCCGCGAAUUGAGCUCUUUGGGUGGUUUGUGCUAGUUGGUAGAGUUAACACCAAGGAGCGGCUGACUAAAAUAGGAGUCAACAUUCUGGGUGAUAGUAUGUGUGUACUGUGUACCAAGGAAUUAGAAUCUGUUGAGCAUUUAUUCCUUAAGUGUGAGGUAACAUGGCAGGUGUGGUGCAAGUGGUUGAGGUCACUAGGAAGAGAGUGGGUGACUCCCGAAACCGUUAAAGAAUUGUUCGAGAGUUGGCAUGGCAUGCAUAAUAGACAACAAGGGCAGAAGAUGUGGAUGACAGUGUUCUUUGUAGUGAUUUCGAACAUCUGGUUGGAAAGGAAUGCACGAAUCUUUAAGAAUGCAAGAGCAAGUCUGGAGGUCAUUCACACAAGGACGGUGACGAGUUACACAGAAUGGAGUGGUGGUGAUCCUGGGGGAGGCUGA